AUGGUUACACAAGGUAUCAUUAUCCCAAUUCUUACACAGUCCCAUCAUGUAUCAUCAGAAGAGGAGUUCUGUCAACGUAGCUACCUAGCCAUUACAGGUAUUGACAACUGUGGGAAAGUUGUUGAUGAUAUACUUGUAUUGGAUCAUGACGACUAUUCUGCACACAUUCAGCGCAUCUUCAACAUACUUUGUCGAUGCCUGCUUAUGUACACUUCUGUGGUUUUGACAGAAGGUAUUCAUGCUGCCCCUGAAAAUAUUAGAGCAAUCGCUGAGUUCCCCACCCCUGAGUCGCUCACAGAUCUUCGUUCCUUCUUUGGACUUGUAAACCAGCUGGAAGAUUUUUCUCCAAAUAUCUCAAGUGCAGCCGAGACCCCGAGGCCCCUCUUAAGCCCCAAACAUUCAUUUGCUUUGUUCAACAACAUGGUGAAAAAGACAACUCAUUCAAUGAAGUUUCAGGUUUUAAUGGACACUGAGAAAAGUUAUGCAACAGUAGAACUAGAAUUGCUUGCAGCAGUAUGA